AGUUAGACGGACCGACUCGUAUUGACUAUGGGUAAAGGAGGUAAAGAUAUAAAGCGUGAUCCCGAAGCAAAAAUCGCUUGGGAAGAAGUUAAGAAGCAUACAACCAGAGACGACAAGUGGCUAGUUAUUAAUAACAAUGUUUAUGAUAUUACUCAAUGGAGUAAGAGACAUCCCGGUGGUUCCAAAGUAAUUAGCCAUUAUGCUGGACAAGAUGCAACGGAAGCCUUCACAGCUUUUCAUCCCGAUAAAAAUUUUGUUGGAAAAUUUUUAAAAAGUAUCCAAAUUGGUAAAGUGAACGAGAAAGAGUUUCAAUAUUCGCCAGAUGAAUCCUCACCGGAGAAGUAUAAAGCAAUGAAAGAAGAUUUUGAACUUUUAAGACAGAAGGCUGAGAAGAAAGGCUACUUCAAACCAAGCGUAACCUUUUUCGUGUUGAGUCUUCUCCAUAUUGUACUAUUAGAACUUUUGGCUUUGGCUAUUCUAUACAAUUUUGGAAAUGGUUGGAUACCAUGGCUAGUUUCAGCCAUACUGUUGGCUACAGUUCAAGCACAGGCUGGGUGGUCUCAACACGAUUUUGGACAUUUAUCUGUCUGUAAAAAUUCUUAUUGGAAUCAUUUUAUUCACCAAUUUACGAUGUCUCUAACAAAGGGAGCAGCACCGUCGUGGUGGAAUCAUCUACAUUAUCAGCAUCACGCUAAGCCAAACGUUUUGGAAAAAGAUCCAGAUGUUCGUCUUGAGAAAGUUUUUGUAUUGGGAGAGGUUAUGCCGAAGAGAAUGGCUAAGAAAAAGAAUACUAUGCCGUACAAUUUGCAACAUAAAUAUUUCUUUGCAAUUGGCCCACCACUGCUGUUUCCUAUCUACUUUCAAAUUAUGAUAUUUCGUCAUGUUAUCCAACGUAAACACUGGCUGGACUUGUCACUCAUGUUGGUUUUCUAUUUCAAAAUUGCUACUCUCUAUAAAAGUCUACUAGGAAGCUGGGGAAGUUUAUUGCUGUGGUAUUUCAUUAUGAGAGUGAUUGAGAGUCAUUGGUUCGUUUGGGUGACUCAGUCCAACCAUAUUCCUAUGGAAAUUGAUGAUGAUAAAUCUAGGGCGUGGCUUCCCCUCCAGCUGCACGCUACGUGCGAUAUUGAAAAAAGUUACUUUAAUGACUGGUUUACUGGUCAUUUGAACUUCCAAAUAGAACAUCAGUAAGUAUAACUGAGCGCACGCGCUUUAAUCUUUAAACGUUGUGGCAGUUCAAUUGAAUAUUAUGUUAUAUCCAGCUUAUUUCCAACAAUGCCAAGACACAACUUAUACAAAGUCAAGGCGGAUGUUGAGGCCCUAUGCAAAAAGCAUAACGUUCCGUACGUCACUAAAUCUUUAGGGCAAGCUUUUUAUGAUAUUCCAAAGUAAGUUUUUCCGACUUCCUUUAUUAUUUUUUUUUGUCAAUACGAAUGAAAACAAUCCGUUUUUUUGUAGAACGUUGAAACAUUCUGGAGAGAUAUGGUACGCCCACUAUCAAUCCCACCAUCAUUAAACGCAAAAUAUAUAUCAUCAUGAAAGCUCGAUUGGAAAGAGAAAAAAUAUUCUUGUAAUAGGCUAAAAUAUUUUAUUUGUGCCAUUUCUACAACAAAAAUCUGCUUACAACAUCAUUCACUUUGAUAACACUAUUUUCAUUAAAGAUUACUAAUUAUUUACAAAUAAACUGUUAAAACUAGUAAUUAUUUGAACUUUUUAAUCUUCUAUUACUGAAGUUUGUUUGCUUUUAGUUUUUUAUAUAUAAAAUUUAUGUCAUCUGGAAAGAGAAGAGGAUCUGUUGUCCUCUUUUGAAUUCCUUCUAAUUACGAAACCUCUUAAUUUAAUUUUUAUAUUUCGUAUUUAAUUAGCCUUUUCUACCAGAUGCUUUCUUCUUUUCCAGAAUUGUCUACUGCACUCUUUUUUUUGUCAAUUAUAGGCUUAAUUCACAUUUAUAACCAGUUCAUUGCUACUAAUACUUCUAGAUAACAUAAAAAAAGACGCUCACUUUAAACGAACAUCGAGGUUUGUGUAGUCUAGAAAAAAAUACUAAUUAUCAAGUUUUAUGUAACUGAUAUAAAUACAGUACUUUAUAUUAUAGAAUUACCUUAUUGCACAGAUUCUAUUAUUCAAUAAGCUAGAUUGAAAGAGCUAACAAGGAACGUGGCUUUGUCCUAACGACGUUAUAUUUUUAUCACGUGAUUCUAAACAGUGAUAGGUAAGCAAAUUGACAAUAAAAAUUGACUAUUUGGUGGAGAAAGUCCAAAUUACAUAUAUCAGUUAUCUAUUGCUGUUGUCUGGUGUUUUUUUUUCUUCUGAGUUUUCAGACUCGAUAAAUGUUUACUAAAUGAAUAAUGUAGGCUAUUGGUAUUUAUGGUUGAAUUGAAAAUGGAGCCGAAAAAACAUUGGAUUGCCUUUUUCCUAUAUACAAAAUAAACAAAAAUAACUUUAAACAACCAAUAAGUUUACGCCUUCAAAAGACCUUUACUUUCGGUGAUAAUCCAACUAAUCGUAGGAUCUAAUUGUCAAUUCUAUUUACACUUAUGAGACGUAGACUAUGUGUUCAAUACACGGUUUUGACUAUAUUAUCUAGUUGUUGAUUUUUGAAUUGAUUAAUUAGCUGUAGAUUAUCG